AUGAACGACCCAAUCGCCGACGCAAAAGCACAAGAGGCAACACACAACUAUGAAUUCCGCGUCGCAACGCCCGACGACAUUCCCGCCUUGCAACAAAUGAUAGGCGAUUCUCUCCGCGCCCUGGGCAAAGGAUACUACACGCAAGCCGAGCUCGACGGCUCAAUAGGCUACCUCUUCGGCCCCGAUUCAGUCUUAAUCCACGAUCAAACAUAUUACAUCCUACACCCCGUCUCGGAACCACACACAAUCUGCGCCUGCGGCGGCUGGUCCUUCCGCAAAACACUGUAUGGCGGGGACUCUGCGCCCUCUGUACUGCGCAUGCCGGCGAAGCGCGAUCCAGCCGUGGACCGCGCGAGCAUCCGCGCCAUCUUCACCUCCCCAGCCUAUGCGCGCCGCGGCCUCGGCACAAUGAUGAUGCGGCACUGCGAGCGCGCGGCUUCACAAGGGCAGCCCGGCGAAACGGCCGGGUUCUCGCGCUUGGAAAUGGGGGCCACGCUCAGCGGCGUUGCGCUGUAUGAGCGCUGCGGCUAUAUUAGGAGUGGGCGCGAGGAUGUCGUCGCGUGUCCGAAUGGCGAGGGGAUUCGCAUUUUGCACAUGACCAAGGAUCUGGAGGGUCAUGAUACGCCGUGA